UUACCGAAAAAUCAACCCAAAAAAGUAAAAUAAAACAGAGCAGUAUAGAGAGAGAGAGAGAGAGAGAGAGAUCUGAGGGUUCUCAUUGUCUUCGAUCUCGGUAGGACCAGACGAAGAUUCAACGUCGAAGAGAGAGAAACAAAGAGAGAGAGAGAGAGAGGCGAUGGGGAAGGGUGCUAACGUGCGCAGAGGUUGGGUGUUGUUGAUGUUGUGCUUAGUUCCGGUGAGUCAGGGCAUAUGGUUGAACCUUCCGGCGACGGGAACGAAGUGCGUCUCCGACGAGAUUCACAACAACGUCGUCGUUUUGGCCGAUUACGUCGUCAUCGCCGAGGAUCACACCCAAGUCUCCCCCACCAUCUCCGUCAAGGUAACGUCGCCAUACGGAAACAAUCUUCACCACCAGGAGAAUGUGACACAUGGUCAGUUUGCAUUUACAACUAAGGAGGCUGGCAACUACUUGGCAUGUUUUUGGGUGGAUGGCCAUCAUCAAGGAGGUGGAGAUGUAAAUGUUAAUCUUGAAUGGAGAACUGGAAUUGCAGCUAAGGAUUGGGAAUCAGUUGCAAGAAAAGAGAAACUUGAGGGUGUUGAGCUUGAGCUAAGAAAGCUUGAAGGAGCAGUAGAGGCUAUCCAUGAAAAUUUACUGUAUCUCAAGAGCCGAGAAGCAGAAAUGAGGACAGUGAGUGAAACAACUAAUGCGAGAGUGGCAUGGUAUAGUAUUAUGUCAUUGGGGAUCUGUAUUGUGGUUUCGGCUAUGCAGUUGUGGUAUUUGAAGCGAUUUUUCCAAAAGAAGAAGCUGAUUUAGAUUCACUAAUCUAAUAAUGUUUCUGUGACAGUGAGGAAAGUUCUAGAGACAAUUUUUGUUUCUCUUUUUUUAAUUAUGCAGAAGGAAUAUUUUGUUAACAUUAAUAGGUUAUCCAACUUUUUUAUUGUUCAAGUUAGAAAAAAGAAAAGAAAAAAGAAGUGAAUUCUCAUGACAGAACCCGUGUUGUGCAAUUCCGUGUUUGCCCUCUUCCUCUUUUCGUAUCCUCACAAGCAUAAGCUAGGUAAAUUUUAUCUUUACUUUGGAUGUGAAUGGUUAUCCUCUUUUGGGUAUACUGGAAAACAUUAUGGAUUUUAUCUUCAAUCAA